UUGAAAUAAAAUUUAAUAUUAAAAAAUGUCCACGGAAAAGCUAUGUCGGCUCUGUAUGGGUCGUUCCAAUCUUAUACACUCCGUGCUAGACGAUAAUCUGCUGCAAAAGAUUGCCAUCUGCGUUAGCAUUAUGAUUAAUCCAGCGGAUAAAUUGCUUCCUCUAGAACUGUGUGCUCUAUGCGCACUAAAAGUCAAAGAUUUUUUUGAAUUUCGGCAGAAUUGUUUGAAGGUUCAACAGCUAUUGGAACAGGACGCUUGCAGCAUAAAUGUCCAAUCUGUAUCGCAACCCUCACCGAUCGCCACAGUUAAACAAGAAAAGUCGUCUACUAAGCCUGAAGAACAUUUGCAAAUUGCGAAGUUCGAAGUGAUAAUCGAUGAGGACGAAAGGUUGAGCGAAAUACAAGACGCAGAAGAGUCUUUGGAGGAGCCAGAUCAGAUGAUAGAGCAGUUGGAAGAUAUAGCAGACGAAAACGACCUAGUUGAAGACUUAGUGGAGCAAGAUGAGGUACUUUCCGAGACGGAGCAAACUAUUGAAUCAGAAAAUGUGCCAGAAAGUGAUAUUCAGACAACAGACGCCCGCGACAUUGAUUACGAAAUUCAAAUGAUCGAAUUGAACUUCGACCAGAACCCUUCGGAAACAUUAAUGGACGAAGAUGAGGAAGAAGAAUAUAACGAUGAACAAUUCAUAGAGGAUGUGGAAGAAAAUGAUGAAGUUCACAUUCAGGAAACUUUACCAACGAAAAGUGUAAGCAAAACUAGUUUAAACUCCUGCACGGUGAGGAAAAAAAAACAUCCGCAUGACCCAAAACCUGAGCGUGACGAGAAAGAAAUCUAUAAAUCACUUCUGCAAAAGUGUGCGAACUGCGGAAAAUCUGUAGAAAGGAAUCGGAUGGAAGGUCACCUCAAUCGACAUCUGGAUGUGCGACCGUAUAUUUGUACCGAAGGGAACUGUGGUAUGGCUUUCCAUUGUAAAAUUUCCCUUAGGCUUCACACCAAAAACCGCCACGGCACUGAAGAGUUACAUUGUGACCUUUGUGACAAGGUUUAUUUUUCGAAAAAAGCACUCUAUCACCACAAAAAGGAAAGCCACGCGGACAAGCACUUUGCCUGUGAUGAGUGCGGAUUGGUGUUUGUAUCCAAUGCCCGUUUGAAUCGUCAUAAGGUGACCCACACGGAUCAAAGAGAGUUCAAGUGUCCACACUGUCCAAAAGAGUUCUACAGGAGCAAUAAUCUUAAAGUGCACAUUCGUAGCCAUACGAAGGAGAAACCAUUCAGUUGCUCCUCAUGCGACAAAGCGUUCGGCUAUCAGAGGCUUUUGCGUGAGCACAUGAACCGACACCAUAAGGGCAAUUUUGUUCUUUAGAACAUUCUUCGAUAGAUAUAAUUUGGCGCAUGUUGCCAUUUUUUAAAUGUUCAAAUAAAUUGUCGAAUGUUAUUGGAAAAAUUAAAAUUUAUGGUUUCUUAUGU